GUCUUUUUUGGAUUUCGACAUUCACUGCUCUGAAAUUCAAGCUAACUUUCAAUCUUCUCCACGUGAUUCUCUCUUUCCCUUUGGCGAGUUAAGUUGGUCCACUUCGAUCUCUCCAUUGCCCACAUCCAAAAUCCAUUUGACCGCUCAGCAAGAUCUCACAUCAUUCCUCGAGCUCACUCGGUGGGUUUGUACUCUCCGUAGCAUUGACCACAUUGUUGAUUAAAGGCGACCGGACUUCAAUCGGCCGGUCGUCCAUCUCGGGUUCACCUUCAUUGCACUCUUCAGCGACAGACCACUAAGACCUUUAUCGAGUCGCAAACCUUCUCGUCUUUCAGCGAGCAACCCAUCCAUACCUAUUACGUCUCAAAUGAUCGCCACUCAGUAGCCAAAAUGGCGUCUCAGGUCCCUGAUCCAAAGACUUGGCGUCCUUCAGAGGCAGAAUGGUAUCCACGUCUACAUAUCGGCCAGCACUGGGAAGACAUGUCCAUUCCAGUAUAUUGCUACCUCGAGCAAUCAUCACCCGGUACAUUUUCCGAACUCAAGUGGGCAAUCCGUCCCCUCGGAGAUCCUCUGAAGGGCAAACCAUCCUGGACGAACUUCACCCUCCCCAUCAACUCCAUGAUCAACCAAAUCUCUUGCCUGAGUUACGGAAUGAAGCAAGAGCUCAUGAGUUCGAUGAAGGUCAGUCUGACAGCCAAGUACCUUGCUCAGAUGAAAUUCGACGCCGGCGCUCCGGUCUACAGUGAAGAGGAUCUCGAAAAGCGAGCCGGUGAUUCCAAAGGACGAAAUCAGCGUGCUGAAUCCAGUAGAGCGCCGAUUAAGCUGGAAGAAGAUGGUGGAUUUAGCAAUGGGGUAAAGAGAAUGAGUAUGACAGACAGAACAGCCCCUCGAGCAUCAACCCCCCCAGAGGAACCAAUACUAUCGCAGCUCAACGACAGUCGGAGAGGCAGAUGGGUCGAAGAAGAUAGUGGCCAAGGCAAUAGUGCGAAGAGAGCGAAGACGAAGGACGAGAAGUCUAGUGGAGCACCAACACAUGCAAACCAGACGCCUCUUGGCCCCAGGCAAUGGAACUACUUCGAUAACUACGACAAGAGAAAGCCAUCCAACCUUCGGCAGUGAGUCCAAGGGCCGCCUCUGGAGUAUCCAAAAGUUUCAGGGAGUCUUUUUGAACUUGCGAGCCUCUAGCAAGCACUCAACUCGGCUUAUCAAAACUUUGGUCUGUCAGAUCAGCGACCUUUGCAUAUUCUCGGCUUCUACCUGACCUAACAUCACUUUCGGCAGGUGCACGAGGACCUGAGCAUGGAUGCCUUAGAUCGGGUGUGUAUUUGGGCUUUCUUUUCAUGAUGUUGUAGAGCUAGAGAUCCCCCAGUACAGGCGUGCUUUGAUGUUCUGUCAGGGGACAGGAUAUACCACUCCAUCAACUUUUGUAGUGGCUGGGACUUUAAACUUCGCUGAGCUCGCAUUUCAAUGUAUUGAAUGUUCAUCGAACAAGUAAUCAAUGAGAUAAAGCCACUUUAAACUUUCCAAAUGGAAAAGUCC